GGGAUCUCUUCAGGAAAAUCCCCUCUAAACAGCCCAUUCAUUUGUCCAUUCCCUCUCUCAUAACAACUCGAACCCGACUCCCUCACCUUCUUUUUUUCUUUGUCCGGCGUCUUGGCCCCUGAUUACCCGCCCCUAACCUAAUUCUUACGCCCUUGGGAUACCUGCCGAUCCAAAACCCCCCUCUUCCCCCCCUUUCUCCCAUUCGCGCUUCUUUCACAGCUCAACCCGUCACGAUGGCUCCCUACGAACUUCGAUCCGGCGGUGAUGUCAAGAAUAAGAAGCAGAGUGUCGCCGACUUGAAAUAUCGUCGGUUGACUGAGCUCAAUGGUCGUCUCAAGGAGGAUCUGGACCGUCCACGAGUCAAGGUCUCCGAGGCAGCUCUCUCUCUCAUCAGUUACUGCAACAACACUCGCGACUUUAUGGUUCCAUCCGUAUGGGGACAGGUCGACAAGCGCGAGGAUCCCUACGCUCCUCAGCAACAGGGAGGUUGCUGCACCGUCAUGUAAUGCACUCACGACGGGAAUUUUUCGCCAUGACAUUUUCGCUCUCCUUUUUCCUUUUUCUUCUACCUAAUUCCGGACCCAUUCACGACCAACCCCUUGGACCCGAACAAAGCACUGCGAUUGCUCGCGCGUACAAAGAUAUCGGCCUGAAAGAAUCGUCUGCUGGUCUUGUACGAAACCUUCCACGCCUCCAGGGAUCAUACGAGUCCCGUUGUGUUUUGUCGCCCUUUUCGCCCCGGUCUCCUUUUGUCCUCGAACUCUGCAGACAGUGCACUUGACGAUGUACUUGUUGCGCCUUACUUCUUCUUCUCUGAAUUGCACCAUUCCCCCUUCUCGCUAUGUUUGUUUGGAAUCGGCCUUUUCUUUUUCUUUUUCUUUUUCUUCUUCUUUCUCUUAUGUAUCCUUUUCUUACGGGUUCUCUUCAAAUCUUCAAAAAGCCUCUAUGUUCCAUUCAGGGCGUGAGAGUUGCCAUUCAUGUAUCAUAGCUUCGCAUGACCAAUACCAUACCGAUGUAAUCAAAUUUGCGCUAUUCGUAAUUCGGCCCCAAAUUCCGGCAAUCAUGGCUUACGUUUUGCGAUUUGCUUGGCUGGGAUAACCCGGUAGUCGGGUUCAGCCCUCG